ACAUUCACAUAUAGUUAUAUAUCAUACCAUACCUUAUACAUAUUGUCACAUAUUUGUCUUAUGUUAUAUAGUUGUUGUAUAUACUCAUCUCCAAAUUACACACACAACACUCACUUCAAGAUAUUUCAGUAUCACUAGCCUAGUAACCUUAGAUUCUGUUCCCUUUUUCACUUUCCUCUUAUCGCUACCUUGAUUAUUGGAUUAGAAAGAAACAUAAUAGUACUAUAUUUCACUCCGAUUCUCACUCUGGAAGUUUACUUAAACUGAACUGUGUCACUGUCAAGACUUAAAACAGGUUCCUAUAGACUGUGAUAACAUGGAAUCUCCACAAUCCAUUGUGUCAGUGUCACCAUUCAAGAGCUCAGUCUUUGGAGAUUCUGAGAAGUAUAAGUCAGAUAUGUUGACACAAAGGUCUAGUCCUUUGUCUAAGGGCAUUGAAAUCAAUGGAAAAGAAGCUUUUGCAGUGUCGAAUCAUGAGGAAUUUAUUGGAGUAGUUGAUGUUUGCAUACAUCAAGCUAGAGACAUUCAUAACAUCUGCAUAUACCAUAAGCAAGAUGUUUAUGCUAAGAUAUUUUUGACUAAUGAUCCUGAGAGUUCUGUCUCUACCAAGAUUAUCAAUGGAGGAGGAAGGAACCCCGUGUUUAACGAUAACCUUCGUUUAAGCGUUAGGACUGUCGAUUCUUCUCUCAAAUGUGAGAUUUGGAUGAUGAGUAGGGUCAAGAAUUAUCUUGAAGACCAAUUGCUUGGUUUUGCUUUAGUACCUUUGUCUGAAGUAUUGAUGAAAGAUGGAAAACUAGAGAAAGAGUUCUCUCUUUCUUCAACCGAUCUAUUCCAUUCCCCGGCAGGUUUCGUUCAAUUGUCUGUUGCUUACAACGGUGCUUCGCCCGAUGUUAUGGAAAUUUCGGCAAUGCCUAAUGCUGAAUUGGAUCGAAAUGGCAUUCAGAAGGACUCGGAAACAUGUGAGUCGAUCGUGAGAGAUUUAGGUAAAAUCGAGUUCCCGGAUCCGAAAAUUGUAAAUGAAGAUCAUAUAAUGGUUUCAGAAUACUUUGGCACUGAUAGCUUGGCCACUACUGAUACUGAAAAUCUUAGUUCUGAAAAAGGUGUUCAAUUUGUGGAAAGCUUCUCGGCGGCAUGUAGUGCUGAAUCUGUUGAACCUCCGAAAGUUGAAUCGCCGCCUAGCAGUGUGUCAACAAAUGGUGUUGUUUCAAGCACAAUUUCAAGCACGAAAGAGAAAACUGUUGAUCUCAAAGAUGGCGAGAGUGAUUCAUCGAACGCGUUGCUGAAUGAGGCAUUUCAAAAGCCUGUUGUGAGUGUGAAUAUUGAGCCAGAGCCAAAAAUGGUGCAGCAGGAUAUAGUAGACAUGUAUAUGAAAAGUAUGCAGCAAUUUACUGAGUCAUUAGCAAAAAUGAAGCUUCCUAUGGACUUUGAAAGUGGACCAACUAGUUCAGGAAACACAAUCUCGGAACCGAAACUACAGUCGUCAAAGAGUAGUAACUCGCGUGUGUUUUAUGGUAGUAGAGCUUUCUUCUGAGCCUUUUGUUAAGGUGAUUUAGUUUUUAGAAUUAGAAUAACAAAAAACUUAUAUCAGUAGUGGAAUGCAAUAAUGUUAUAGUAUGAUCUGUUGGGGAGUCUGAGGGUGCUCGGGAGAAACAUAGGGUCAAAUGCUCUAGGACCACAAGAGACGCCACUGGACUCCCCAACAUGAUCAUGGGUCCAGUGUGGUUUCUCUCUUUGUGUAUUUUCUUUCUUGAUUUUGUUAAAGUUAACAUGAAAGCUUAACUUUGUAUUUCAUGAAUCAUAGACAUGGUCCUCUCUUUGUGUUUC